ACCAUGACAACAGUUGUCAAACACUGCCCGGACUAGCUCAGCUUUGCCAGCUAGAUGUUAUUUAUUACGCAUGUUUUUAAUAUAAGUUAACUAUCCUAGUUUUCUAGUACUUCAUAUCGUGCGCCUCAUGUCAAAGUAUAAGACAUCUGGAUACAAAGGUUCAUAUGACUAUAGCAAAAGUGAGGAGCGGGAGGGAAGAAGUUUGGUGCGUUUCAAAUGUGGCCUACUCAACACCAUACAGGAUGUCCUGCGCCAAAGACCAGGUUGGGUUGAAGUCAAAGAUGAAGGAGAAUGGGACUUCAACUGGUGUGAUGUGGGCUGGCUCAGGGAAAAUUUUGAUCAUUCGUACAUGGAGGAACAUGUAAGGAUAAACCACUUUCGCAAUCAUUAUGAGCUGACUCGCAAAAACCUCAUGGUGAAAAAUCUCAAAAGAUAUCGGAAAAAUCAGGAAAGGGAUGUUGGCCGCCUGGAGGCAUCCAAAUGUGAUUUUUUCCCCUGCACCUUUGCACUGCCCAGUGAAUAUCAUCUCUUUGUAGAGGAAUUCAAAAGAAGCCCUGGUAGCACCUGGAUAAUGAAGCCGGUAGCAAAAUCUCAAGGAAAAGGCAUUUUCCUGUUCAGGAAACUGAAAGACAUCAUGGAUUGGAAGAAGGACGGCACCCGCUCAGAAGAACAGAAGGAUGCAGCUCAAGUGGAAAGCUAUGUGGCACAACGUUAUAUAGAGAACCCCUACCUAAUUAAUGGCAGGAAAUUUGAUCUGAGGGUCUAUGUGCUAGUCACAUCAUAUGUUCCUUUAAAGGCUUGGCUGUAUCGAGAUGGCUUUGGCCGCUUCUCAAGCACCCGCUUCUCCCUUAGCAGUAUUGAUGACAAGUAUAUGCACCUCACCAAUGUUGCUGUUCAGAAAACAGCGCCCGAAUAUGAUCCUGAAAAGGGAUGUAAGUGGCAGAUGCAGCAGCUUCGAAGAUACCUGACUGCAAAACACGGCAGAGAGACAGUAGAAACCCUGUUUACAGAGAUGGAUAACAUCUUUGUCCGCAGUCUACAGAGUGUACAAAAGGUCAUUAUAAAUGACAAACACUGCUUUGAGCUCUAUGGGUACGACAUUCUACUGGAUCAGAACCUCAAACCGUGGUUAAUUGAGGUGAACGCCUCUCCCUCAUACACACCCAGUAGUCAAGAGGAUUACGAGAUGAAGUGCCGGCUGCUGGAAGACACUUUGAAUGUUGUUGAUAUGGAGGGAAGGCUGACUGGCAAGGAGAAAAGGGUGGGUGGCUAUGAUCUCAUGUGGAACGAUGGGCCUGUCUAUAGGGAGGACGUCAACGUAGAAACAUUUGGCAGUUCAUAUUUCACUGCCAACACACACUUAGGUUGUGUGAAUGACAGAGAGAAGCAGCUUCGCCAGCUUCUAAAACCAUUUCCAGGCCAAAAGAGGAUGUAGCACACUCAUCAUUUUUAUGUCCCACCACUAAUAGCAUGUGACAUGUGUCUGGGAGAAGACAGGCUCCAGUGA